GUUUUUUUUUUUUUUUUUCUAAAUCAAAGUUCGUUUCAUUAAUUAGAACAAAAGAGCAAAAGAGUCUUCCACCUAUGGAAAACGCCUUCCAGCAUACAAAAGAGAUAUGAACGCUGGGAAGAACCCCUCCUCUCUCUGUUUCUUAUCUGAAUUUGAUGUUUUUCUCUGUCUCUUAUUGCGAUCAGAGUAAGAGCGGGAGAGCCCGAUUCUCACACGCAAUUGACAAUCCAAUGGAUGCCCAGAUUGCGAUCAACAAGGCUGCUUCCAAAUUACUUGUAAUCUUUGUUUAUCCUCUUGUACUCUGUAAAGUUGCUGUAAAUUCAGUAGAAAAUGAAAGAAGAAAUAAGAAAAAAGAAAGAUGAAGAGUUUCAGGGAAAUUAAAGAGAGAAGAUGCUGGAAGUUAAUUUGGAAGGUUUUUCUUUUGUUCGAAGAAAUUUUGAGUUUCUUGCAGCAAAUCUUUGUUCUUCCAGGGUCAAAGAAAGAAUUAAAAGAUGAAACCUAAUUACUUGUAAUCAUUUUUUUGUCCUUUUACCCUGUAAAGUUGCUGUAAAUUCAGAAGAAAAUGAAGAAGAGACUGGGCGUUUCUUGAAACGAAUUUCUUUCAUCUCCUAGGUGUGCCACUAAAGAAUUCAAAAAUAAUAUUUAUUAUUGAAUACUACGUGUGAAAAGAAAUAAAGGGCAAUGUCGGUUCUGAAAUGUCGGCCCAUCGCGAUGAGUAUGGCGGUUGUUUUACGCGGUUAAGCAGGCUGAGUAACUUAUUUGUUUAUUUGAAAAACUUGUUCUAUAAAUGGCUUGCAUGCUGGGUUUGAUGAAUGUUGGCAUUGCUUUCCUCCCCAAAGCAAAACAUAAUUUGUUCAUUCAAUGGAAACAAGCAGAAGACGCUUCAUUUCGGGUCGAAAGGGAAAGAGUUCAGCAAAAUACAUGAGGAGGAGAUUUAAGAAGUUGAAAGAAGAGAUGAAAGAGAUCAGCAAAGAGCAGCAAAGCAUUAGGGAAGGGCAAAGGCAAGUUGCAGUAAAAUUCAAGGCAAUCGAAGAAGAAUGUGAGCAGCUGAGGAAGGAGACUCACCAGAUUAUUCGACAAAGUGCCAACACUCAAAUCCGCCUCAGCCUGAUGUUCAAUAUCCUCAAGGCACGAGAACAAGGCGAUUUCUCCAAAGCUGCUAACUUAACUCAACUGCUUCGUGAAAUAAUAGCCAGAGAUAAUGUGUCACAGUCCACAAAUCCGUGACUAAUCCGGCCCGUAUGGAUUAUUGAGCCAAUCCACAUACAAGGGUCCAUCAGCUGUAGCCUUGGCAGCCAAGCAAAGUAUUCUAGGGCAGCUAGAAUACUUUCCAAAAAUAAAGUCUUCCUUGUUGAUUACUUACUCAUCAAAGAGGCAUAGUUUUAGGACUUUACUUUUCUUAUACUCUAAAGAAGUCUAGGCUAGAUACUUCCAUAUUUAUUUUUACUUGCAAACUAAGUUUAGGUUAAGUAGGUUAUUAUAAAUAGUACCUUUAGAAGUCAUUGUAAGGCAAUUAAAUCAAGUUUGUCGAAUCAAGCAAUUUACUUUGUGCUUAGAUCUUAGGUCUUUGUUUUACUCUUAUUGGAGCAAUACUACUUAUUUAU